ACUUGGCCGUGAGGGAGAAGCUCGCUGAAGUUAAGGCUUAUCAAACACGAGCCAUUCCCAUCCCGUCGUCAAACAGACGAGUCGAGUGUAUCACGCAUCGCACGAAUACGAAAGGAUAAACAUCGGUCACUAUGAUGCUGCAGCCACUGCGGUCCGUGAUGUCCGUUCAGCACGUGGAGGAGACGUCCCUCGCGCUGCCGUCCGACAGCAAGCUGCGCUCCGCGCAGCAGCGCGUGCUCGAGCAGGUGCACACGGUGAGACGGAGCCGAUCGCGAGGCGGCGGGAGCGCGUCCGGACCCGUGUCUCCUACGAGUCCAAUAAGCUUUUCCAGUAAAUCUUUCAGUGAUAAUGUCUUCUCAAGAAACACGUCAGGCAGAUUCUCCAGCUUCAUUCGAGAGACACAGGGGAUGAACCGGCGGCAGGUGCGAAGUUACAGUCAGUAUGAGAAGCCGUCAUAUGGCAUCUCUACUGUUGAUGGCCCUUCAUUAGUAUAUUUUAACAAGCUGAAGUCAAGCUCCAGCAACCCAGAGUUAGUAACCACCUCUGCACCUCAGCGCCCCGCCCUUCACUUCUUACCUACUCAGUCCAGUGGAUGUGGUACUCGUCCCUUAGUUAGCAGCCAACCCAACUUUGACCGGGCACCCUCCAGUUAUUCCAAUACUAAUAUCAAGAUAUCCACUUCCAAGCCUAAGAACGGAGGGGACGUGGUGGAAAAUGGUACAAAUAUCACCAUGAAUGAGGCUGUAGAAUUUCUCUCCAGACAUAAUGAGAACUACCAGAACUUAGGAGUUUCCUUCAUUCAACACAGCACUUUCCACGAUGACAAGGCAAAGCAAGAGGUCUUGCAACUAAAGGGAAUCCCGCGCCUGGUGGCAUUGCUGCAGAGCACCAACCCCCAAAUCCAGCAGACAGCCUCCGGUGCUCUGCGAAACCUGGUGUUUAAGAACAAUGACAAUAAGCUGGAGGUUCAGCGAUGCGGUGGCAUCGAAGAGGCUCUUGUGCUGCUGAAGAAAACUGAUUGCCCUGAGACUCAGAAACAUGUGACAGGUCUUCUGUGGAACCUGUCCUCAACGGAUGAGCUGAAGUCACAAUUGCUUCGGAGUGCCAUUCCUGUCCUCACAGAGAGUGUGGUGAUGCCCUUCGCAGGCUGGCCUGAGAAGAUUUCUAACAGCUCCAUAGACCCAGAGGUGUUCUACAAUACCACUGCCUGCCUGCGAAACCUCAGCUCUGCAAAGAAGGGUACUCGUCAGCCCAUGCGAAAUUGUCAUGGCCUGAUUGAUUCCCUGGUAACCUAUGUCCAGACUUGUGUUGCUGAAGACAGGCCCGAUGACAAGUCUGUGGAAAACUGUGUAUGUGUCCUGCAUAACCUUACAUACCAAGUGGAGACAGAGGCCCCAGCUCUCUUCAGCAAGAUAAAUGCCCUUGCGGUUCCUCCUUUAAGGAGCACAGCCCAACAGGUGCCUUCCCCCAUUGGCUGUUUCAGCACCCAAAGUGGAAAGACAGAGCAGGAGGGCUACUUUGACUAUCCAGUAAUGGAAGACAACAACCCCAAAGGAGCUGGAUGGCUCUUCCACUCAUCAACAAUGCAGACCUACCUUUCUCUCCUGGAAAGCAGCCAGAAGGAUGCCACAAAGGAGGCUUGUGUUGGAGCUCUCCAGAAUCUUACUGCCCAUAAAGGAACAGUUUCUGGUGUCAUGAGUCAGAGCAUUGUGCAAAAGCUGAACGGCCUGCAAAAUAUCAUGCCACUUCUGCAGUCGACAAAUCCUAGUUUGCAGCGAACAACCAUGGCCCUAGUGGGCAACCUUUCAAGGACUCCGCGCCUCCAGAGCACAAUGGCCCGGCAGACACUACCCCAGCUUACCAGUCUACUCAGUUCCGGUGCCAAGAAUAAUUCUGAUUCAGAUGACACCAUAACAACAGCCAGUUACACAAUCCUUAAUCUCCUGAAGGCAGAACCUGAAGUUGCAAAGAAGCUUCUGAACAACACCUUUGUCAACUCACUGACUGAUCUCAGCAAGAACAGGUUCCUCCCAAAGUCCAGCCAAGCUGCAUCCCUUCUCCUUUACAGUCUCUGGGCAGAAAAAGAUUUCCAAAGCUUCCUUAAGAAGCAAGGAAUGCAUAAGAGCAACUUUGUUAAUGAUAUCACCACAUCUGCCCAUAAGCUGGUCCAAGCUGUUCAGUAAAAACACGUCUGGUGUAGCUGAAGGGUUAACAUGUAUUUGGCUGUUAUUUAGUAUGAUUCCUCAUCUAUAUCCAUGGAAUGAGCUACACAACAACUCCCAUGUUUUAUGGUUGCUGCAUGCAAUAUGAAUGUCUUUUGAUUAGAUUUUUUUUUUUCUUUUUCAAGUUUUAUAGCUAUGAAUUACUGAUGUUAUGCUAAGAACUGUAUUUCAGUGUUUCUCUGUUUCUGAAUGAUUGAAUUUAUGUUUGGGAGAUAGAGCUUGGGUUAUCCUGUGUCAAAUGAGCUGAGAGGGGACAUUUCAACACCACUCAUGCUAGAUCUUGGCACUUCUUCAGUAGGUAGUUAAUAAUAAUGUUAAAGAGUAGAGUUUGAUUAUUUGGCUUAAAAUAUUGAGUAG